GCAGGAACCCGAGACUGCCUGUGGAGUCAACCUAGCUGGUAGCGUGGUUAAUCUUUGGGAUAAGGCAGCUCACAUCUGAGAAAAGGGAGAUCAAGCAUCGGCCCAGCCUCGCAUUCCUUACUGCUGCAGAGAUCUCCAGACCCUAUUGCCUAGGGCUGAAGGACCCCUCCCAAUAUCAUCUCAGCCCAUCCCAGGGGAGCGGGGUAGCAGUCGGGACAGGCUCCUCUCCUACGUCGCUUCUUCACUUGGGAUGAAGAGUCUGGGGACCAGGUCAACGUGGAGGUACCUGGCCACUAUGCUCAGUCUCAAGCUGCCUCAACUUCUUCGAGUCCACCAGGUCCCCCGGGUGUUCUGGGAAGACAGCAUCAUGUCUGGCUAUCGUCGCCCCACAAGCUCUGCCUUAGACUGUGUCCUCAGCUCCUUCCAGAUGACCAAUGAGACGGUCAACAUCUGGACUCACUUCCUGCCAACCUGGUACUUCCUGUGGCGCCUCCUGGCGUUGGGCAGCCCAGGAUUCCGCGCGGAGCCGUACCACCUGCCGUUGCUGGUCUUCCUGCUGCCCGCCUGCCUCUACCCCUUCGCAUCCUGCUGCGCGCACACUUUUAGCUCCAUGUCGCCCCGUGCGCGCCACAUCUGCUACUUCCUGGACUACGGGGCGCUCAGUCUCUACAGCCUGGGCUGCGCCUUCCCCUAUGCCGCCUACUCCAUGCCGGCCUCCUGGCUACACAGCCGCCUGCACCAGUUCUUCGUGCCCACCGCUGCGCUCAACUCCUUCCUGUGCACCGGCCUCUCCUGCUACUCGCGGUUCCCAGAGCUAGAAAGCCCCAGGUUCAGCAAGGCCCUCCGCACGGCCGCCUUUGCCUACCCCUUCCUGUUUGACAACCUCCCGCUCUUCUACAGGCUGCAGCUGUGCUGGGGCGGGGCCCACAGCUGUGGGCAGGAGGCGCUGAGCCCCAGCCACGCCCACCACCUCCUCUGUGCUCUGCUCACUGGCUUCCUUUUUGCAGCCCGUCUGCCGGAGCGCCUGGCACCCGGGCGCUUCGACUACAUUGGCCACAGCCACCAGCUGUUCCACAUCUGUGCCGUGUUGGGCACCCACUUCCAGCUGGAGGCGGUGCUGGCUGACAUGGGAUCCCGCAGAGCCUGGCUGGCCAUGCCAGAGCCCACCCUCGGCCUGCAGGCCACCAUGGCCACAUUGAGCCUGGCCGUGAUCGGGAACCUGCUCAUCAUCGCGGCUUUCACGGCCUCUCUGCUGCGGACCCCUGGAACCUGCCCUCUGCUGCAGGGUGGCCUGCCAGAAGAGGGACUCCAGGCUAAACAACAGUGAGGCCCGUCCCUGGUACUGGCAUGGAUGGAGGCAGAGGCCAGGGUCAUGCUGUGGAGGAGCCCUGACAGGUCCGAGAAGGCAAAGGCUGUUCUGAGUCUCAAAGGAGUGGCUGAAGGGAAGAGGAAGUAGUCUAGGUAGGACAGAGGACCCAAGAGGCGAGUAACGGAAGCCAGUAAGUGGAGACAAGCACCCAAGCCGCAGCAGAGUUGAAGGUGUGGGGCCUCUCACGUGGCCUUCGCUCUGCUGCUCUGGAGUCUGCUCAGCUCAGGUCUUCCUGAGUGCUUGUGGGCUAUCCGGACCACCCAUCCGCCCUGCCCCAGGGGUCAGCAACUGUGUGUCCACACAUGAGCUGCCGGUCCUGCUCACCAUUGUGACGGGGCCUUUGCCGGUUCCUGUUUGGACGUGUCCUAGGUGAUGUAAUGGAUGUGGUGGGGGUCACUGUGGGGAGGGGGCUGCUGGACUUUAGGGAGCGGUCUCUAGUACUACCCAUAACAAAGCAGUAGAAUAAACUGGACUGUAGCUGUC